UUCAUCAGCCAUCUGCCUAUUAGCGCUAAGUGAAAUCGUAUUCUUAUUACUUAGUCUGUCCAUUUUACAAAAUAAGUAGAAAUGUAUAAUGGUAAUAGGAGAUCAGGGAAUUAUAAACCAAGCAUCUGGGAUGAUGAUUAUGUGCAAUCUAGAACCGCUAUCUACACUGAAAAAGAGUUCUCUAAACGGGCAGCUGAGCUAAAAGAAGGUGUGAGGAAAAUGGUGGAGGAAAAAAUGGAUCCGUUGGAAAAGCUUGAGCUUGUGGAUCUCCUGCAAAGACUGGGCGUAUCCUAUCAUUUUGAGGAUGAAAUACACCAUGUUUUGGAGCAUAUGUACACCUCUUGCUGCUGUAAUGGUGAUCAAGAUUUAUAUGCUACUUCUUUGCAGUUCCGGCUGCUUAGACAGCAGGGAUACAAAGUCCCUCAAGAGGUUUUCUGUGGUUUCAUGGACGACGAAGGAAAUUUUAAGAGAAGCUUGAGCGAGGAUACGAAGGGAAUCCUUAGUCUGUAUGAAGCAACAUACCUAUGCAUGGAGGGUGAGAGCAUUAUGGAAGCAGCCCAACAUUUCUGCACUAAACAUCUUAGAGAAAUCCAAAACAUGAAGGUCAUAUUAGAUCAAGAUCUGGUGGACCAUGCUCUAGAAAUGCCUCUAUACUGGAGGAUUCAGAGGUUUGAAGCAAGAUGGUUCAUAUCCGUUUAUGAAAACAGACACAACAUGAACCCAGUUUUAUUGGAGUUUGCUAAACUGGACUACAAUAUGGUUCAAGCCAAAUAUUUGGAGGAAUUAAAGCAAAUGUCCAGGUGGAAUAGAGAUAUCCGUCUAGCGGAGAAGAUGAGCUUUGCAAGGGACCGGUUGGUGGAGGGUUUCUUAUGGGCUAUGGGGUUCACUCCUGAUCCUCAGUUCGAAUACUGCAGAAAGAUUUCAACUAAGCUCGCUGUACUGUUAACAGUUCUUGAUGACCUUUACGAUGUUUACGGAGGCUUGGGCGAUCUGGAGAUCUUUACUGAUGUCGUUCAGAGAUGGGAUGUAAAUGCAGCUGAGACACUUCCAGAGUAUAUGAAGAUUUGUUUUCUAGCCAUUUUCAACUCCAUGAAUGAACUGGGUUAUGAUGUUCUGAAAGACCAAGGUUUAAGCAUUAUUACAAACAUAAGAAAACAGUGGGCAAAUCUCUGUAAAUCAUACUUACUGGAAGUGAAGUGGAAUGUGGGUAGAUAUACUCCAAGCCUGAAUGAGUACCUGGAUACCGCCUUCAUAACAAUUUCUGGUCCUCUACUAUUAAUGCAUGCUUAUUUUUGCAUUACAAAUCCCAUUAACGUUGAAGAUCUGCAACACUUAGAACAAUAUCCUGGAAUCAUUCGCUGCUCUGCCAUGAUUCUUCGUCUUGCAAAUGACUUGGGAACUUCACCGGAUGAAAUGCUGAGAGGAGAUAUUGCGAAAUCAAUCCAGUGUUAUAUGCGUGAAAGUGGGUGUUCAGAAGAGAAAGCUGGGGAGCAUAUCAAUGGCUUAAUUGCAGAAACGUGGAAGAAACUGAACACAGAAUUAGUGAAGAUGGAGCGUCCUCUUCCCAAAGAGUUUAGAAGAACAGCGAUGAAUCUUGCUCGAAUUUCUCAAUUUAUAUACCAACACGGAGACGGAUUUGGUGUCCGCCCAGAUGAGAUGAAGAAUCGCAUUGUGGAUCUGUUCUUUGAACCCAUCCCCAUGCCGUGAAAUCUGCCUGCGGCCAAUUCCCAUCCAUCCUCAGCUAUCUAAAUCUAUAUAUAAGUAAUCUACAGAUUCCUUUUCGUCGUGUCAGUGGUGAAAUCUGCUUUGGUGUUCGUCCGAUCCAGAUCACAACAAGAAUCGCAUAGCAUCUCUGUUCUUUGAACCCAUUCCCCUUCCCUGAAAUCUGCCUGUAAUUCCUUAGUAAUAUAAAUAAGGAAUCAUAUAUUUUCUUCUAUG